AUGAAGACCUUCGUCGUCAUUACCCUCCUCACGGCCCUCGCAGUUGCAGGGCCAACUCUGACCCGUCCUACGCAAGCACCGCCAACAGUGCUUGCAACUCCUGAGGCCAGAGUCUGCACGCGUAUCUGCGCUUCAGAAUCGUUUAUUAAUUGUGGUGAAGGAUGGGAACCUGCGCAACUCGGUGAUUGCUGGGCUUGCUGCCGGGUUUAA